AUGAAUUCACAAGAGGCUCCCGCAGUCCCAGAAGAAGAGAGGAACGCAUUUCGCGUACCAAAAAUGUUUCGAAUGUCAUCUCAUCCGGUCGUUCUCUUUUUCUUUUUAUUCUUUCGAACAGGCGCCAUUGUUGCGUAUAUUUUAGGAAUGCUAUUUACAUCUAGCUUUAUGUUGCUAUUUAUUUUGAUAUUCACAUUACUGGCGAUGGAUUUGUGGACCGUAAAGAACGUCUCUGGCCGACUGCUUGUUGGACUGAGAUGGAGAAAUGAAACAGGUGUCGAUGGUGAAAGUAUAUGGAUUUUUGAGUCGGCUGACCCCAAUCAUCCACGGAACACAAUCGAUCAAAAAGUAUUUUGGUAUGGACUGUAUAUAUAUCCAGCAAUUUGGGGCCUUUUAGGAAUUCUAGCGUUGGUUCGCCUCCAAUUUUUAUGGCUUACUCUUGUAGCAAUAGGUAUUGCAUUGACGUCCGUCAAUACUGCUGCGUACAGUCGAUGUGACAAAGAUGCCAAGCGACGAUGGGCUACGGAGCUCGUGGAGUCGAAUUCUUCUGGAUUUGUAUCUCAACUCCUUUCGAGGGCCUUCAUUAAGCGCUUUUUUGGCUAA